AAGAAGAAAAUGCUCCAUCAGGUUCUAGAACAAUCCGGUAUCCUGGUGACGUCCGGGAAAGCGAUUUUCAAUCGCCAACGCGUGCCAAGCAGGCCUUUGAUAUAACUUAUCAAAAACUAGUGGAAACAAGAACGCAAAAAGAACGGUUACACCAGGAAAAUCAGCGAUAUUUGGCGAAAAUUUCUGCACUUCAAACUCAGCUUCAGAUGGCGAUGGAACAACUCUCAGUAUCCAAAACCAACAGUAAUGCUGAAGUUUUAGAUACAAUCAAGCAGCUGACAACCAAUACAAAACAAGGCUCACACUACACCGAAGAUAUCCGAACGUUUGCCAUGGGAAUGCAUUACCAUUCUCCAGCCGCGUAUGAGUUCGCAAAGGAGAAACUUAGCUCCGGCGAUGAUCUGCCCCACAAAUCGACCAUUUCGCAGUGGUACAAUGUUGUGGAUUGCAAACCUGGGAUUUCAGCGGAAGCACUAGAGAUCGUCAAUAACAAAGUCAAAGCAAUGGAGGAAAAGGGUAAACAGCUUCUAGCAAAUUUGGUCAUGGACGAGAUGUCCAUCAGGAAGCAGUUAUUUACUGAACCAGACGGGACAGUUGGAGGCUGCACGAAUGUUGGAUUCGAUAUUGGCCUCAAACAAGAGAUGGCCACGGAGGCAUUAAUAUAG